GGACACUUCCGGGCGGUAGCGGCACUUCCGGGUGGCUGUGAUGGCUCCGGACCCCUGGCUCUCGCAGUACGACGCCGCCUGCCAGCUGGCCCAGGAGGUGGCCGAGCGGAUCCAGGAGCGCAGCCGGCACCGGCGCAAUGGGGAGAGCUCGGCCAAGCUCAAUGUGAUUAUCAGGUCGUCACUGCAGAAUCUCAAGGAGAAGAUUGAUCAGCUGAAGGACUCCUUGCUCCGGGCUGUGUCAACACACCAGAUCACCCAGCUGGAGGGAGACAGGAGGCAGAACUUGGUGGAUGACCUUCUCACACGGCAGAAGCAACUGCAGUCGUCUUACAAGAACGAGGGCACGGAGCCAGACGUGAUCAGAUCUAGCCUAAUGGCAGGAGGUGUCAAACGAGGAGUGACCAACCCAUGGCUCCUGGAGGAGUCUGAGGAAACCAGAGGGCUUGGCUUCGAUGACAUCAGGCAGCAGCAGCGGAGGAUCAUAGAAGAGCAAGAUGCUGGACUGGAUGCUCUCUCUUCAAUCAUAUCCCGGCAAAAGCAAAUGGGACAGGAAAUUGGGAAUGAGCUGGACGAGCAGAACGAGAUCAUCGACGACCUCACGAACCUGGUGGAGAACACGGACAGCAAGCUUCGCACUCAGACACGGCACGUGAAGAUGGUGGACAGAAAGUCAACGUCCUGCGCUCAGAGGCCCGGAAGAGCCACCGCCUCGUGCAUCCUGUGUCAUUCACUGAAGCAUUUGGCUUAAAACCGCUCCUGUUGAGAUGCUGAGGUGGGUCAGCCGAUCAGAGGUGCUGGAACUAAACCUUCAUCAACAGCCUUAGAGCAACACCAGGGGCUGGAGCUGCCCUGCUGCCCUGCUGCCCUGCUGCCCUGCUGCCCUGCUGCCCUGCUGCCCUGCUGCCCAGGUGAGGGGCUCAGCACUCCCUGCUGCUGUAACUGCAUUGAGCACUGAAGGACAGGAGGAGCCUUCUGGGUCAUAGCAUCACUUCAAGAUAAAUUUCCCAGAACAAGCUUGUUUCUUCCCCCCCAUUACUCCUAUUGGGAGCUCACAGUGACCAUAAACUUAUCCCCAGCCUAAACUUGUCAGGGAUACUUCAUUUAGUCCUUGUGCAGCCCUUGUUCUGGUGUGCCUUGAAUGGCUCUUUCCCCUUUUUUAUGUUACUCCCCAGAUGUGUGUCGAAGAGAUCACUCAGCAUUCAGCCCCCGCUUUGUUUGUGGGGCUGGACAAGCAUCACUGCAUUUAGAUCUACUAAAAUAACCUCUGUUCUGACAAGCCCUUUUUUUUUGUGCUUCCUCCUACUUGAGCUUUUGCUUCUCUCACUCAAAACCCCUGAGGGGUGCCCGAUGUGCCCCAGCAGCACUCAGGUUGUGCUGGAGGUUUCCCUGGGCCUUUCUCAUUCGUAACAAUCUUCCACCUGAGUUCACUGUCAUUGCAGCUCAUGGCGAAGCGCAGUGUUUGUCCCACACGUGUGCCUUUCCCUUCUGUCCUGUCAGGUUCAGCCUUCCCUAUUUGUCUUCGUAGUCACCCAUUUUUGCUCUCCCAGCUCUGCUCCGUACUGACGGCCCUUUCCAGCUUUGUGUCACCAGCACGUUUCAUUAGCACGCUUCCUUUCUGUGCCAAGGUCAUUAAUAAAACCAUUUAAUAAGAUCAGCCUCCGGACCGUUCCUCGAGGAGCUCCGCCAGUGACCUCCAUCCAUCCCGACUGCUCUUUCAACACCGCUUUGCCUUUCACCACUUCCUGGCCUUACAGUUCUGCUAAUCCCCAUUUUUUCAUCUCGUGAUUUCCCACACGGCUCCGUAUCACACACGUUGCCAAAGCCUGCGUGGAUGGGAUCUAUCACACUUCCUUUGUCUCGAAAAUUCAUUAUCUUACCAGCCUAACCUGAUUAGCUCUGUUUGAUCUGAUUUCCCUUCAGAACAUUCCCAUUGUUUUCUACCCUGUUUACCAUUUAGCUUCACGCUCUAAUUAGUCUUUCUGCAGUUUGCUCUGGAGCCUUCAUCCUGCUGGGGUUAAUCAAAGAGGCUCUAAAUGCUCACAUCGCUUUUCCCCUUCUUCCACGGUGCAGCAGUGCAGAUGUGCUCUGCUCCCCACCGCUGGGCAGGCAGCCCUGGUCUGGGUGCAGCAGGAGCCACUGCCUUCCGUGCUGCUCUGUGCUGGGAUGUGUACGCAGGUAGGUUUGGAGAUGCUGGCUUUGAAUGGAGGCACUUGGAGCCCUGUCAGCAUCGUUCCUCUUGGCUUCACCAGCCACCUGGCUCCCUGUGACACUGAGAUGCCACAGAGCUCUUGCAGCCCCCUCCGUACUCCCACCCAGCCCUGCGUUCCCUGGCUCAGCAGUGACCCCUGCUCCAGGUGUGCUGGGUCUUGCACAGAUUCCAUCCCAGCCUGCUUGCCUGGCUCAGUGUGCUGAAAAAAGAGCAGCAUCAUCUCAAGGCUCAGACCCCGUUUAUACCCUGAAAUCAUCUGCUGUUUGGGAGCUGAUCCCCAUGUGUAAGACACCAUAAAGAUGGGAGAGGAAGCCGGAGAGUGGCAUUUCUGGGGCUCAUUUGCAGCGCACAAAUCAGGCACAGGUUCAGGCCUGAAGCUGGGAGGUGGCAACCAGUUUGAAUGCCCCCCCGUUGGGAAGCACCUAAUGUGCCAGAGAGGGAGAAGAGGGGGGCACGGAGAGGAGAGCCAACAGCAGCAGACAUCUUCUUAAUUACAUUUGCAUAUGCAGCUGUUCAAACAGCUCCAACUUCAUCAGUGCUUGUUCAUACCUAUCAGGAGAUUUAGAGCAGCUGCUGUCAGCCCGCAUAGCAAUAUUGUACCAGGCUGGUGGUGAAAUGAGCCCCUGGGCAGGCUGUGUGCCCGGGCUGUCCAUCACACCAAAAGGCCUAGCAAUUAGUUGUGUUUGAAUAUGGGGGAAAAAAAAAACCCUAGGAAUUGUGUGAAAUAUCCCAGGGCGACUGCUUUACAGCUAGGUUUCCAAGGAUACAUGUUGCAGAAUUAAAUCAUAAAUUUGUAUUUCUGAAAAUGGUGCUGAAAUGUGAUAAUUUGUACAGCUAAACUCGCCUCCUCCUGCCUUUUCCAUCCCAGCACGCUCAGCGACUGAUAAUUGCAGUGCCUGAACUGGGGCUGCAAUACAGCGGAGUUCUGGGCUGGGGACUUUGUGCUGCAAUACAGCUAAAUUGGGGGGACCCACACGCCCGACACAGUGCAGCUGUACCCAGAGCAGCAUGCAGGGAGCGGGGCUGCAUCUGGAGCACAACGCUGCCCGCCCCGGGCAUUGGUGGCACACAACAAUACAAAGGAUGUGGUCAAUGGAGAAAUGGGCUUGCAAGGGGCAGAGCGGUUGUGUUGUCUCUUCAGGGCUUUCUGAGAUGCAUGAAGGAUGUUGGUGCCACCAGAAGUGGGGUAUGUAAAUCAAGAGGGGCUGUGAUCUUACAGCUGUGUUUGGCAGGAGGGCGGGCAGCGCUGGGAUUGCUGCAGGCUUGGAGCUGCAGAGGGGGGAUUGCCCUCCUGAGGGGUGCAGACCUCGGGGGGUGCCUCCCAUGGCACUUUAAAGGUUGGGUGUAUAAAAGAGCAAAUCAGAUCUGUUCAUGCUGUGUUCAUCCCAAAGCAUUCAAAUGGCAGGAGCUAAGCUUCCAGAUGAGUGUUAAUUAAAGCAUGUUGCACAUGUGGUGGUUUGGGAAGGCACGGGGAGCCGUGCACAGGGCUGUAUGCAUGGAGCGGGCAGAGCCCCAUUUAACACUGCAUUCAAGUGCAGGUUUUGCAGAUUGCAGUCCGUGGCUUUGACACCACUCUGGUGGCACUGCAGCCGAAUGGAGCCUUCGGGGUGGUGUUUGCAUAGGUGCUGAGAGCCCACCGAGGGCCAGCGCCAGCCCAAGGCUGCAGGUGUGCUUUGCACCCCAUGCUGAACGUGGUGCUGUUGGGUGUCCCUCUGUCCUGCAGCGAUGGGCACAGCAUGCUGCUGCUCCUGUAACCGUGCUGCAGCUCAGGUUUGCACCGCUUCCUAAACCCUCGUGCUGACAUCAGUGUGGCCAUGGCAGCACGGUGUCACUCCUUGCAGCACAGGGACACUUCAUUGCUCUGCAACGUGAGCUGGGUGCCCCACAGACCCUGCAGCAGCAGCGUCCUGUGCAGAGUGGAACCCGCCUGCACCUAAAGUGCAUCUGAAACUUUUUGCUUUGGGGCUGGAAGGAGGAAGGGGUUUGUUGUGCAGUUGAUGCUCUGAUUUUGCUGUGUAGUCCUGGUGAGCGCUGGGACUGGCAGAGCAGCUGCAGGCGUGGAGCUGUGCGUGCUUCCGGGGUGCCAGUGCCACACAGGAGUCGUGUGCAGCAUCCCUGACAUCCCAUAACACAGGAGCUGCAGUUUCAUAGCGAUCAUCUAUCUCAGCAAGCACCAAACAGUGCCUUUUUGGCAGGAAAGCGGGGCCAUUCGCUCCGUUUCAGCAGAAACUUCCUUUUCCAAGCCACGCUUUCUAAAACUGUCUGACUCUUAUAUUUAUCCCAGGGAUGUGCUGGGAAGCCUAAAACUGGCUGCCGUUCACUACAGCAGCCUUUUGCAGGACGGACGAGCAAAAUGGCCUUCAUUACUCUACCUGGGUCAUUGCCUGGUGAUGAAAUCACACUUAUCGCUCAGCUCCUGGGGAUGGGCUGAGCAGCAGCGGUGCGGGCUGUCCCCAUGGGCGCCCUUUGCUGCUUCUUUGUGCCCUUGGCAGAGGUUGGCUCUGCAAACACCUCCCCCCGAUGCUUCCUUUUGUCAGAAGCCUCCAGGAAAAUGCUGAUUUUAACCUGCUUUCUGCGUCCGUGGAUGGACGGUUUUAUGUGAUGCCGACAGUGCCUGCUGUGAUUUUUAUGGCCCACAGUUUUCUGAGCAAAUGGCUUUGCUCACAAGUUGGCUGGGCUGCGGUGACCUUCUCUUGUUCAUUAACUGUCUGUUUAAAAAUAUGCAUGUGGUGUUAGUUAUAGAGCAUUGAUUGGGGUUAUUCUAGGUGGUGCGGGGAGGUCUGCUCCUUCCCUGCCCUCCUCAUUACCAGGCAGAAGCGACCGCUCAGGGCCUGGUUUAUUUACCUAAUAAACUGCCUCUUGUAUCAUGUAGGAAAUGCUUACAUUUUUCAGCCAGGAGAUCCUAGUAACAGGCAAACAGAGGUCUAGCAGUCGGGUCUGGAGAAACAACGAAAUGAAGGUCAGCUCCUAUGGCUGUUAUUCUCCUUCCCGGUGGCCAUGACAGCAGGGGUGGUUUAUUUGAGGAUCCCAGACUCGGAGUCAUUGCUCGCAUUGUUGGUCCUCCGAGCGCGGGAGGCUGUGCCAACAGCUCAGGAUAUUAAUGCAUUCUACAGAUCAGUGAAUGGAGAAUUCCUCCGCGCUCCUUUCUUUAAAAAAAAAAAAAAGGGAGAAAAAAAGAAAGGAAAAAAAAAAGAAAUCCUCCUCUCUCCCCUUCCCCCUGCACUUUGUUUGCAGAGCUUUGUCUGCUGCGCGUUGCCGGGCAUUGCUAAUGAGCAGGGAGGCAUCGCGCGGCGCUGCGGGUCCCACUCGAGGUGAAGUCCUGACAGGUGCACAGCCAUCCACGUGCAGAUGUGCAGGGCUGAGCAGAGCUCCUUGCGGGCGCAUGAAGGGCCCUGCUUCUGCAUGUCCCCUCGUUCCGUUGCAGGGCUUGCAUUUAGGGGUUUAUGAUGUAUUCUGUGCUCUCUCAUGGGGACGUUAAUGAGAUGAGAAGUGCUGAAGAGCUCUCCGGGCGCGGCCGCGCGUUGGGGCAGGAGCGCUCAGCACAGCAGCCCCUUUGUUUGCAGGGACAUCCAACACGGCAGGCAGGGCCAGGGCAGGCUGGGCAGCCGGGCUGUGCUACAAGGGAAAGCUGUCCGGCAGCUCUCACAGCCUGGGCCUGCCGGCAGUGCACUUGGGAACGCGGGCUGAGGUACCCGCUGGUGGAAGUGGGAUGCUGUUAGGCUGCCUUUCACUUAGGCUUAAUUAAGGAGCAGCAGGCUUUGUCCCCGGGAGGUCCUCUGGGUGUGCAUGGGCCUGGCUAUGUUGGCAAGCUGUGUCUGCAGCAGUGUGGGUCGGGUGCCUUGGGUCAGCCCUGCAUGCCCCCAGCCCAUGGGGUCUGCUUCUUUGGACUGGGAGCCCAGGAGUGCAGCGUGAGUGGCACAGAGCUGCUGUCCUCAGUGCUGCAGGGAGCAGAGGUUGAGGCAGAAGGGCGAUCUCUGGUCCUUCCUGCCCACGCUGUGGGUGUGUGCACAGGGAGGGACGUGGGUUUGAAAUGUUAUGGGCUGGCUGGGCAAUGAGCUGCCAGGGGAAUGCCUCACGAGGCGGGUGGUUAUUACAGCCCUGGUAAUCUUCUGAAGGAAUCCAACCCAGCCAAAGCUCAGCUUGUUCAGAGUCUGUGGGAUGCACCUGAUCACAGCAUCAUGGAAUCAUGAAGGCUGGAAAAGACCUCUAGGAUCACCAAGUCCAACCCCAGCCCACCCCCGUCAUGCCCACUGACCAAUUCCCUCAGUGCCACAUAGAAUCCUAGAGGUUAGGUUGGAAAAGACCCACAGGAUCA